AGUGGCGCGUAGAAAGCUAAGGACUGAGAAAAAAUGGCUUAUUUUUAUACAUACAUAGUACUCUCUCUUCUUCUCUUACUAAUAAGUUUAUGCUAUAUAUAAACAACAAGAGGCCAUUGUUAGUUUCAUGUCUCUUUUCUUAGUUUUAUUUUAGUUUCUCAAAAAACCAAACAACUCAACAACAACUUCCUCUGUAUAGAACAAGAGAAAUCCCUUCUUCAAAUCAAAACUCUUUUUAUCUAUUUUUUUCUUUCAUUUAUCCAAAACCCAAUAACUCAAAAAUCUUCAAACCAUUAAACUCGGAGGAUCCUUACUAUUAAUACCAUCUCAUAUAUCCUCAUUUUUUUCUUCUUGUUAAAAAGGAAUGGGGAUUUCAUUUUCAUGCCCUUUUGCCAAUUACAGUGAUGUGGAGACUGGUUUAGAGUCUAUGAUUGUAAACUCCAUUAGUUUUGGAGAUGAACAAGCAAAAACACCUCUUAGAUCUGUUAGUUUCAAUAGUACUGAUUUGGAACCAACAAUUUUGAAAUCUAUAGGCUCUGGAAAAAAGAUGACAUUAGAAACAUCUGUUAGCUUUAAGGGUAGUGAUUUAGACAAAAUUAUUUUAGUAAAGGUUCCUUCUUUAGAUAAGAAAGAACAAAAUAUGGCCAUUGUAUCAUCAACCAUUUCAAAUAGGAAACAAUUAGAUUCUCAGUACUCUAAACCUUUGAUUCCUGAUCCUGCUAGUACCAAACACAUGGCUGCUCUUAAGCUUCAAAAGGUCUACAAAAGCUUCCGAACUAGACGAAAGUUAGCAGAUUGUGCUGUUCUUGUAGAGCAGAGUUGGUGGAAGCUCUUAGAUUUUGCUGAACUCAAGAGGAGUUCGAUAUCAUUUUUCGAUAUUGAGAAGCAUGAAACCGCGAUUUCUCGUUGGUCUAGAGCAAGGACUAGAGCUGCAAAGGUUGGGAAAGGCUUAUCAAAGAAUGAUAAAGCUCAAAAACUUGCUCUACAACACUGGCUCGAGGCAAUUGACCCAAGACAUAGAUAUGGACACAAUCUUCACUUUUACUAUGAUAAAUGGCUUCAUUGUCAGAGUAGAGAACCUUUCUUCUACUGGCUUGAUAUAGGAGAAGGAAGAGAAGUAAACCUUGAGAAAUGUUCUCGGUCAAAACUUCAGCAGCAGUGUAUCAAGUACCUUGGUCCGAUGGAAAGAAUGGCUUAUGAAGUUGUUCUAGAGGAUGGAAAGUUUUACUACAAGCAAUCGGGGGAACAGCUUCACACGAGCUUAGAAGGCAAAGACGCGAAAUGGAUAUUCGUGCUAAGCACUUCUAAGGUUUUGUAUGUUGGGAAGAAGAAGAAGGGUACAUUCCAACACUCUAGCUUUCUUGCUGGAGGGGCUACAACCGCUGCAGGGAGAUUAGUUGUCGAAAAUGGCCUCCUAAAGGCGGUUUGGCCACACAGCGGUCAUUACAGGCCGACAGAACAAAACUUCAAUGAUUUUGUUGCAUUCCUUAAGGAAAAUGAUGUUGAAUUGAAAGAUGUUCAAAUGAGUCCAGUUGAUGAGGAAGAUGAUGCUCUUAGCAAGCAAAGAAGCAGUCUUCAUAUGCGAAGUAACUCAUCCGAUGAGGACUUGUCUCCAACUCUUGUUGGCUUAGAAACCGAAGAAACCAAUGCUAAGACAGACUCAACUGCACUUGAGCCACAGAGGACUAAUCGGUUCCUCAACCUCAACACCAAAUUGACUAAUCUCGAAAUUCCAAAACAACAAGAUAUCAUUGAGAGUUUCAAGUGUGAUGAACAAGAAUGCUUGAUUCAAGAAAACAUGUUUGAUGAACAAGAGCAUGAUGAAGAAAAUGAAGUGGAAAAUGUCCCCGAAGAAUCGAUUCUCAAGAGGAUAAACUCGCGCAAAGGAAUGAAUUCAUACCAAUUGGGAAAACAAUUGUCUUGCAAAUGGACAACAGGUGCAGGGCCUCGAAUUGGUUGUGUUAGAGACUAUCCAUCCGAGCUUCAAUUUCGAGCUCUCGAGAAAGUGAACUUGUCCCCAAGAGGUGUUGCUCGGUCUAGAUCAUAUUUUUCUCCUAAGAUCAUUAGUGGUUUGAGUCCAAAUGUCUCAACACCAACAGAUUGCAGUAGUGAAGAAAUGGCAGAGAAUUCAUUAAGAAGCUCUGUUCACCAUUCAAGAGUACACUCAUCUCCAUUGAUUAGGAAAGUAUGAACAAAUCCAUACUCACUAAUAUAAUAUAUUGUCAUAAUUUUUACAAGUAGUUUUUUUUUUCUUUAUUGAUUCAUUCUUUUGUGUGAAUAGAAAAGAUGGUAUAGGAAUUCUUUAUCAUUCUUUUCAAUUACAAUCAUGUAUACACACCACUCAUUUUUUUGUUAAUUCAUCUUUGUAGAAAUUCACAUGAAAAUUUUAGAUAUUUAUGGGGAGUUUUAAGUCCCAUUUAAUACAAUAGAAUAUUCAUUUUUCUCAA